UAAAGACAGCAUGCUAGAGGGGCAGAAAAAGACAGAGCAAUUCAGCCUGCCAUUGUAGGAACAGCAGGAUGUGAGCUUUCAGCAAGCUGUCAACGGUGGAUUGCAUUUCUGUAUUGAUAUAUUUGGGUGAAGCAAAAAGCAAGCAGAGAGUUUACAACAAUGCUGGCGUGAGGAGAAGAGAUGAAGGUGUUUAUGUGGAGCUGAGAUUAAAUCUGGAAGUGCACAAGCCCAUUCUGUGAUUGCAUGUACAGUUUGUGUGGAGGACACAAGUAACGGAGGCAGAGAAGAGGAUGUGUCAACACAGUAAAGGGAAACACAUUGUGAAGCAGAGGAAGUGAUGUCUGAGGUUGAAACCAUGCUCUGCUAGCUUCACACGUCUGCACGUCAUCGCUGGCUUGUACAUGCACACACACACACACACCGAGCCCCGCAGACCUUUGCUGAGGAUGUGCAUUAGAUGAAGACAGACAGAUGACAUGGAGAGGAAGGAUAUGAGAAAAACCGAUUUAAAAAGGGAAUACAGUGGAGGAUGCAGCCGUGGUCUCUAAGGGCGCAGAGCUUGUUGGUCGGCCGUGAACAGAGAGUCACAACGAGGCGUACCUGACUCAGAAUAAACCAGACUGGGAAUCCAAUUUCAGUCAGUCCACAUACAGUCAUAGUCAUUCUGCUGGAUGCAACCUAUAUCAUUUAUGAUGAGAGUUAUCCAGUAUGUCAGAACUUAAGAUGUCUACCAAGAGAUUGAAAUCAUCUCUGGAGCCUGCACUGCUGUUAUAUUAUUCCAAGGUAGAAGGUUGUGCUCAGCCCUUCUGAAUAUUUUAGCGAAUGAGGAACAUAUCGAACGGAGAUCUGCUGGCAGCACUGGAGAAUUUCAGUGUUCAUGGCUAGAACAAGAAACAUUUGUGCCAGUCACUUGAGUUCCCCAAAAACUCCUGACUUGUUCACACAGAUGCAGUAAACUGGUGCAGAGGCAUAAGAAAAGGGGCAAGGGCAACUGAAAAGUCAGAGCUUCCCUCAACUUUAAAUCAUGCAGUCAGACGAUCUCUUCAUCCGCAAGUUUCGCAGGCAGAGCCCACGCCCGACCCUAGCGAGAGUGAACUUUGACCCCAAGCAGGAUGGUGGUAGCGUGCGGACACGAGUCGUGGCAGAAUGGCCCCCUAGGAGAGAGGGAGAGGGAACAAACAGCGAGAGUGUCACACCCAGCGCAGCUGCGCUGAAUCUGAGGACAGUAGGUCGUGGACACAUAAUGCAGCGCAGCAACAGUGAUGUCACCCUUGGAGAUUUGGAUUCAGCGGGGCAAGUCGGAAGGAAGCUGCUCCGAGUAGGGGGCGACAAAUCUGGGACCUCUGGGCAGGGCGAGUCCCUCCACCGAGAGUAUGGUAGCCUGUCCUCACUUGAAAGACAAACCCAGAUUGUAGAUCCCAGUUCGGAAAAUCAAGGUGUUCUCAGUCCCAGUGCCUUGCGCUUCAGAGAUCCGUUUAUUCUGCUGGGUCUGCAAGAGGCACCUCCGGAGGUGGACAGUGUGUAUCAAGGAAACUGUGCCCCAGCAGCAGAUACGUCAAAACCGGUCAAGCCCCCCAAACCAGAGGGGCUCGGGAAGAAGUCCAAACCGUCCCCUCCACAGGCCCCUCAUUUUUCCUGUGACCAAGUCCCAGGUGGUGCUUGGGUGCGCAAUUUUGCACACUAUGACAUACAGAGCAUCCUCUUCGACCUGUCGGAGGCUGCAACCAAUCGGGACAGCAUCGGACGCAAGAAGAACAUCACGUCCGGAGCAUCAGCUGCCUCUCAGCUCCGUCCACUUUCACAAUCCACACCUUCCUCAGUUUCUCAGGGCGGAGGGGGCGGCUCGGGAAGCGGGACUGGCUCGGAAGAUCUAGAGCAGUCCUUGCUGGACGAAGGAGAUGGGAAUGAUAAUGAUCUCCUGCUCAGCUGUCCUCACUUUCGGAAUGAGAUGGGUGGCGAGGAAAGUGUGGGGCUCGGCCUGCCGCGGGCCGGCAGGUACAGGUGGAGGAGUCUUCAAAGUCCCAACAAUGCUGUGUCCGUGUUAGAGGAGCCCAGGGAGAGCCAUGUCCAGGCACAGGGGAAAAGUAACUACUUUAUAGAACAUGCAGACCUGGGGGCUCGGUACUAUCACAAGUACUUUUACAUGAAAGACCAUCAGAAUUUCUUUGGCAUGGACGAGCGUUUGGGGCCGGUGGCCGUCAGUUUCCGCAGGGAAGAAAAAGAGGGAUCAAGCGGGUCCCAGUACAACUACAGAAUCAUUUUCAGGACCACGGAACUGAAGACCCUGAGAGGUUCGAUCCUGGAGGAGUCCGUUCCCUCUGCAGCGCGCCACACCACGCCACGCGGCCUUUCACCCAAGAGACUGCUGGAGUUUAUUUUGCCCGAUCUCAACCUACAUUGCCUCAGACUGGCCUCCACGUCCCCUAAAGUCAGAGACACGCUCCUCAAGCUGGACGAGCAGGGGUUGAAUUUCCAGCAUAAGGUGGGCAUUAUGUACUGCAGAGCAGGACAGAGUACUGAAGAGGACAUGUAUAACAAUGAGAGCGCCGGACCAGAGUUCGAUGAGUUUCUGGACCUUCUUGGAGAGCGAGUGCGACUCAAGGGCUGGGAGAAAUACAGAGCUCAACUAGACACCAAAACCGACUCUACCGGUACACACUCACUGUAUACUCGCUACCAGGAUUACGAGAUUAUGUUCCAUGUCUCCACCAUGCUUCCAUACACAGCCAACAAUACACAACAGUUGCUGAGGAAGAGGCACAUAGGGAAUGAUAUCGUCACAAUAGUCUUCCAGGAGCCAGGUGCUUUACCUUUCACCCCCAAAACCAUCCGUUCUCACUUUCAGCAUGUGUUCAUCAUUGUCCAAGUACACGAGCCCUGCACCGAAAACACCUAUUACAGAGUUGCAGUAACUCGUUCCAAGGACAUCCCUCUCUUUGGUCCUCUCUUCCCUAAAGGUGCACGCUUCCCACGUUCUCCUGCCUUUCGGGACUUUCUCCUUGCCAAAGCCAUUAACGCAGAGAACGCGGCAGAGAAAUCAGAGAAAUUUCGCUCUAUGGCCACACGAACACGGCAAGAGUACCUAAAAGACCUAGCAGAAAACUACGUCACCACAACACCCAUUGAUUCUUCCACCAAAUUCCCCUUGCUGUCGCUGGGCGGAAAGCGCAAGGAGAAGCUGAAGGGUGCGAAAGGUGCAGAGCUUCACAGCGCCGGCGCUUUAGUGUGGGCCGUCACCGUCGUUCAGGGCGGCGAGAACAACGGUCUGAGCCUGUCCUGUCUGCUUGGUGUGUCGGCGGAGUCAGUCGUGCUCAUAGAGCGAUCUACGCGAACUGUCGUAUUCAACUGCAGCUGCCGUGAUGUGAUUGGCUGGAAGGCCGUGACCGAGUCUGGAGCUCAGGGUGGCCCUUCGCUGGAUAUCUUCUACGAGAGAGGCGAGGCAGUGACUGUGACGACGUCAGAAAGCCAAGUUGAGGAUAUAAAGGAGGUUGUCCAGAGGCUAGAGCUGGUGACUCGAGGCUGUGAGGCGCGUGAGGUCACUCCCCUGCGGGACGGUGUCGGUCAGCCGGGCUUCCUGAUGAGCGAGGAAGGCUUUGUAACGGAGCUCCAGCGGUUCGGAUACGCGGAGAGCGGCGGGCUGCAGCUGGGGGCUCGUGUGGUUCGUCUCUGUGGGCAGGUCCUGGUGCACCUCAGCCUGGAAGAGCGGAGCCGACUCCUCCGCACGGCUCAAAAGAUCCACAUCACAGUCAUUCCUCCAGAUGAGAACGGAAAACCACGCAGGAGUUUCUCUGAGCUUUACCAGAAGGCCAUCCAGGAUACAGAGAGCAAAUCUGGAGAGGGACAGUCAGGCGAGGCCUGGGUUCUGGAUGACGAUGAAGAAGUUGAAGUUGAUGGCAACAGAGGGGAGAAAGAGGAGAAGAAACAGAUUGAAAAUAAGACGACAGACAGGGAAACUCCAAAGCAGAUGAUACACGAGGAGCAGAAGAGAUCUCCAGAGCCCAUGGAAACAGAUUCGCUCCUCUCCCCACCCAGCCUGCCUCUCUUACGGGCGACUUCCCUGCAGGACAGCAUGAAGAGCCAGAGUCCUGAAGUCUCUCUCACACGGAGCUACUCGCUAGAGGGACACCCUCCGUACCAGGACAUCAUUGAAGAGCAUGUGUAUGAUAACGUGGGGCUGAAAGCAAACAGGCACAUCUAUGAAAACCCUGGAGAGCUUCAGGACGAGACCCCUGACCUCAUACUGGCAGUCAAACCCAAAGUGCCUCUGGAGCAAGAGCAACAGUCUGUGUGUGAUCAGGGGCCUGAAGAGUGGCCAUCGGUCAGUGAUGUGACCUUGAGAUCCUCCUGCAUGGAAAAUGCAGAAAGAAACUCCAGAGCUCUGAGCCUCCAUAACUCCAUCACUAAGAUUCUCUCAGAGACGACAGAUUCGUCUGAGGAAGAGUGGCAGUCGAUUUCUGAUCUGGCCAACGCCUGUCGGAGCAUUCUGGAAGCUUUGUCCCACGAAGACCGGAAGUCUGGAGAUGGAUCACAAGCGUCCCCAGAAACCCAGUUAGGUCAGACAGACACCAGGUUCAAAGAUAUCAAGGACAGUGACUCGCCUGGUCACCUUGAGGAGAAAGUGUCCCAGCUCGAGGCCAUGCUGAAGCGACUGCAGGACGACCUCCAAAAGGAGAAAGAGGACAAGGCAGUGCUGCAAGCAGAGGUGCAAAGUCUCAGGCAGAACAACCAGCGGCUGCAGGAGGAGUCCCAGAGCACUGUGGCACGGCUCAUUAAAGUCACCGAACUGCUCUGCAACGUCAACAAACCCUGCUAGCAUCGAAGGCCAAACCAUGGCAGCAAGGAAGACCAGAAGACGCAUGAAAAGGCCAAUGAAAAUGUUAGCAAAUCCCUAAAAAUGUCUCUUAGGUGACAAGACCAUCGAUAAGCCUUACUAGAAAAGUGCACGAAAACAAACUACAUUCUUACUCAAAUUAUACAUAGAAUUAACAUCUCUGUUGCACCCUAAAAGGUUUUUUUUUUUCACACAACC